AUGUCCUCCCAAACCGCCUUGUCCGCACGCAGUGCUUACCGCCAACUCCUCCGCGCUACCCGCAUUGCCUUCCGGGAUGAUGUCCGUGUUAUGAUUGCUGCCCGUCAAGAGGCUCGCCGGAAUUUCGACAGCCACCGCCGCGAAGGCAUUGAUACUCCGAUGCAGAUCAACCAUGCGCUCGAAGUGGCCAACAUUCUCAGACACAACAUUGUCCAGGGUGUACGGGAACAGAAUGAUGAAAAUGCCAAGUGGGAACUCCGCAUUCAUGACGACAUCGAGCGCGGCGAUAACGACACCAUCAGAGUUAAGGGAAAGACUGUCAAGGUGGAUAAGGCAUGCUCGUCAUAG